GCCAAUGGCUUCCAGGUACAAUGGCGACGAGAACAAGGGACAGCUGAAAUUAUCCUGCAAAUCAUCUACAUAUAUGAUCUUGGAUCAACGCUCAAGUACGAUGUCGGCGAUUUACGUGAAUUAUUGCUUGCCAUCCAACAACAUCAUCAUCAUCACAUACCAGCUUACAAUGAGGAGCAACAAGAUUUUAGUAUGAUACGGCCCAAGAAGGUGAUUACAUAUCUACAUCGAGUUGCAGCGCUUCCUCAAGCACCUGAACGGCGAGCAAGUGACCUUGAAGUUGUCAAGCAUCUUUUCAGCAAUACACAUGGACGUUUGAUUUGGAGAAAGGAGAAGGAUGCCAAUUGUGAAUAUCAAGUUGUGUACGAACGUAUCGAGGAUGAUCAAGCUGUAGAUGAUGCCGAGGAAAAGCCAUCAGCACCAAUUGCAUACAUAGCUUAUCACAUGUUUCCAUCCGAUUGA